CCCUCUGUUCUUCUCCUGUUUCUCUUUCCGUCCUCUGCUCAGACUCUGUUGUUUUCCUCUCGCUGACACAGAAACAGACACACACAGUAAUCUGCUGAAUAAAGGCUGCAGUUGUGUGUGUUGUGCAGUGAUGGGUGAGGACGGAGCAUCAGCGAGCGCAUCAGAGCCCAUCAGCACUGUGACAGGAGGAAAUAAACCUGUACACCGCUUCCUCAGAGGACAACCCAGGAGUAUCGGAGUUGUGCUGUCUAUGAUGGGUGUGGGUCUGUUCUUGUUUGGGAUCCCCAUGACUGUGCAUACAGACAUAAUGACUUCCGCAGAUGUGUUCAGCCCCUUCUGGCUCGGGAUUCUGUUCUGUGUCUGUGGCGUUUUGUACAUACUGUCUGAACGCAGCCCCUCCAAAAAGAUCAUUACCGCUAGUUUUGCUCUGAGCAUCAUCUCCACCAUUGGAGUGGUCAGCGCUUGUAUGGACUUCAUCAAAUCAAUGGUCAUAAUUGAACGUCAAGAUGAGUACACCCAUAACAACAUCACAGAGGAUGACUACGUUUAUCUGAGACAACACUAUAGUGCCGUGGUGGCGAUGGAGUGUGUGUUUCUGUGUCACGGUUUAAUAGGAGGAGUUCUGCUGAUCAUCAUGACGUGUUUCGCCAGAGCAGCACUGCGCUCCAGCAACACUCAGGCUGUUGUUGUGAUGCGGAAUCUGCCGUCAGCGGAGUGAAGAGACCCAGAUCAUCUGAACAUCCUGAACAUCAGCUUCAGCAGCGUGGAGGAGAUCUCUCAUCGUCUCAUCAUCUUCUUAAUGCACAUCUACAGUAUAUCAAUGGCAUUAUAUCUCUCUGUUAGUGUUCAGAGUACUAGUGUUUUCACCAGCAAUAUAAACCACACAUCAGUGCUCUUUCAGAGAGAAAAGCAAAGCAAACACAACCCUCACAGCAAACAAUCUGCACUUUUACAUUCUCAAAAGACUUAUUUUGUCUGAUUAAUGAGUCAUUUUCCUCAUCAAGACCAAAAAAAUCUCCCCACAAGGCCAAAAUGACUAGUAUUGCUAUACUUGGGGAGACAUUUAGUAAAGAACACACACGUACACACACACACACACACACACACACACACACACACACACACACACACACACACUUCAUGAAACACAUUAUUCUGAAUUUGCACGUAUUAAUAUUAUUUAACCACAAUCUGUAAACAUUACUAUCAUGUAUUGAUUUUAGAUCAUCUUAAACUCCAGCAUUUACCUUUAUAUAGUCACAUAAACUCUCAUUAGAAUCUGUAAACUGAUUAACCAAAGCUAACAGGAACUAACACAUGAGUGUACGGCUGGAUCUAUCUUGAUUUUAGGUUAUACACUAAUAAAAGGGAGCUCAAUGUCAAGUGUUCAUUAAUAUUCUGUCCUAUAAACACACAAACAUACACUCAAUGCAAACAUAUUCAUAUUCAGGAACGCUUUAGACACACAUGAUGAAUAAGUGUUGAACAAAUGUCCAAAAAUAUAAACCAUUCUGUGUAUUAACAAGAAACAUGAACGCAUGCAGUGUGUGUGUGUGUGUGUGUGUGUGUGUGUGUGUGUGUGUGUGUGUGUGUGUGUAUGGAAUAAAGGAUCAAAUGAUUGUAAACA